AUGUCCCAGCAUCAAUGCACCAUUCGGAAAGUAACACCACAAGACACUCCAGAAGUCCUGCCCUUCAUCACCGCCGCCCGCCACUCCCUCUUCCCCGGCCUCAAAUUCAAAACCACAAUCCUACCUGAAGACGUCUCGUCCUGGAUCGCCUCUGGCCAUUUCCUCGCUGCAUACACAACGAAGUCCCCAGAUCACUUGAUUGCCACGAUCGGCUUCGUUCCUUACGACUACCGUUUCCCUCGGCUUGAGUUCCACGGCAGGAAGACCGUAGAGGUUGUGAGACUGUUCGUAUUGCCAGAGUAUCGACGCUCUGGGCUCGGGAAUUUGCUCUUCAGACAGUCAAGGGGUACAGCGGAAGGACUGGGUGUGGAGGUUAUGUAUCUGCAUACGCACCCUUUCCUGCCUGGAGCUGUGGAGUUUUGGGAGAAUGUUGGGUUCGGAGUUGUUGGGGUGGAAGAGGAUGAGGGGCGGAGGACUGUGCAUAUGAAGUUGGAAUUGAAGGGAGAGGGAAGCUAG